AUGAAGUUCACCCUCUUGCUGUGGCUGGCGUUGGCUGGCGUAGCCCUCUACUCGGCAACACAUCCGGGAAAGGACCAGUUCAGGACGUGUAGCGACUGCAGCAACGAUGGCAAAUGCUUUUGCUUUGUCAAGGCCAAGACCAUUCCCACCACAGGCAUCAUCACCCGAUACAAUGCCGAUGGGACAGAGACCAAGAGCGAGACGGAGAUGAACCUCGUCCAGACCAACGUCCACUGCGGGACGGGCAACGAUCAUGCCGUCUGUGGCGCACUCACCUUCAACUGGCUCAUCGUCUCCCCCUGGAUCAACGUCCUCGUCCUCGCCCCUGUCCUCUACCGUCUCCUCUUCCACAUCGGGACGUACAAGCCCCAGGUCGUCAUGUCCUACAUCCUCAAGCGCCUGGGCCUCACACUGUUCCUCGUCCUCUCCCGCGCAGGGCUCUACCUUGUCACCUCGGGCUUUGCCUUCUCCGAUCACAUCGUGGGUGGCCAGCGCCCGCGACAGGGCAAGCAUCGAGUCGAGCAUACCAAGCGCCUGCUGCGAGGUGAACUGGAUCUCAAGCUCGUCGUCUUCGUGUACGCCCUCGCUCUCACCGUUAUCACCACCUGCAACGCCUUUUACACUGCCUCGUACUUCCACUCGUACGCAGACAUCUCUACCGGCCUUCUCAUCGGCGCCAUCUACCCCAUCAUUGCCGUCGUUGCCCUCCGCUCCGGCGCCCUGGUCUACGUCCGCCCGCCGCGGAGUGCCGCCACCGUGGAGUAG